CACAAAAAAUGCUCAUUUAAAAUUAAGAAUUUAGCGGCAACACAAAGACUCAAACCUUCAAUCCUUUAUCAAUUGUGUAGACAAGUUAAACAGUUGUUUAAUAGAAUGAAUGUGAUGAACCACUUUUGAAAUAAAAUCCAAAUAGAUUUGUACUAUUUCCAAUCAAAUAUAAUGAUAUUUGGAAUAUGUAUAAAUAACAUAAAGCAAGUUUCUGGACAGCUGAAGAAAUAGAUUUAUAUUAGGUAAGACAUUUAAUUAAUAAAAUUUUAGGAUCUUAAAGAUUGGGAAAAACUCACUGCAGAUGAAAAGCACUUUAUUAAGUAUGUACUUGCCUUCUUUGCAGCAAGUGAUGGUAUUGUGAAUGAGAACUUGGCAUAAUAGUUCUGUACAGAAGUACAAGUUCCUGAAGCUAGAUGUUUCUAUGGAUUUUAAAUAGCUAUGGAGAACAUUCAUUCAGAAACUUAUUCACUUUUGAUUGAUACAUAUAUAACUGAUGAGAAUGAAAAGAACUAUCUUCUUCAUGCUAUAGAUAAUGUACCUGUAAUUCAAAAGAAAGCAAUGUGGGCUAUGAAAUGGAUUAAUAAUAAUGAUUCAUUUGCUGAAAGAUUAAUUGCCUUUGCUGCUGUUGAAGGUAUCUUCUUUUCUGGUUCAUUUUGUGCUAUAUUUUGGAUCAAAAAAAGAUCAUUAAUGCCUGGACUUACUUUUUCAAAUGAAUUAAUUUCAAGAGAUGAAGGUCUCCAUACAGACUUUGCUUGUCUUCUUUACAAACAUUUAAUCAAUAAAUUGAGUAAUUAAAGAAUUCAUGAAAUCAUUUCAUCAGCUGUAGAAAUUGAAAAAGAAUUCAUUAGUGAAGCUUUAUCAGUUGAAUUAAUUGGAAUGAAUUCUAAUUUAAUGAAAUAAUAUAUUGAAUUCGUAGCAGAUAGAUUGAUAUUUGCUUUGGGAGCUCCUAAGAUUUACAAUUCAAAGAAUCCUUUUGAAUGGAUGGAUAUGAUAUCCCUAUAAGGUAAAACUAAUUUCUUCGAAAGAAGAGUUGGAGACUAUUAAAAGGCUGGAGUUAUGAGUAAAAAAUAAGAUAAAGUAUUUACUAUGGAUGCUGACUUUUGAUUAAUUAACA